AUGCCUGAUACCAAAUCCUGGCUCUGCUGCUUUUUAGAUAAGACCUUGCGCACGGGAGGCAUUCCACCUCCAGCCGCUUCUGAGCGAGCUGGCCCAGAGGGGCCGCUCUCCUUCAACCACUCCCCCCGCCCCGAAGGAGACGAGGGGCUUCAACCCCAGGCCCCUAAACGCGCGCUCGCUCGCUCGCACCCGGGACCACCGGAUCCAACACCCGCCCCGCUCACCGCGGCGGGGGAGGAGGAGAAAACCCCACGCAGGAACUGUGCCCCGCGCUCCGCUCCCCGCCCCCCCGCGCCAGGACCUUGCGCCCCGCCAGUCGGUACCUGUCCUCCGCCCCCAACAGGCGAGAAGCUGCCGCGUCCACAUGGCUUCAGGUGUUCACAUGGCAAUAAACGGGCCCCCGUCCCUCCCGCGGCAGGGCGCGCUCCGACUCCGGGCGGCCAGCGCCGCUCCCGCCGCAAGCCCAGCCUUCGCCCCGCCGCGGGACGCCGGGGGCUGCCAGGGGUCCCGGGGUGGGCGGCGCUGACCCCGCGGACCCCUGGGCGCCGCCCGCUCACACCCGCCGCCUUUGCACCCGAGGCCGCGACAAGCAGGUACCUUCCCCCGACAGUCACUGAUUCCGCUACCAUCUGUCAGCACGGAUUGAUUGAGGAGCGGCCUGCUCGGCAGAUCAGUGACUUGUGCGAAGUGAGCCGGGGUGUCAGUGCCUUCAGCGGCAGGCGGAUGGCCUUUCUCUCCCUCUCUGGCUCUCAGGAGCACGUGCACAGCCCUCACCUUUAUCCUUCACCAGGUCCCAGCUCCCCUUCCUCUCUGGAGUUGCCUCCUGCUAACUCUAACACACCAAGAGGGAGGCCUGGAAUGCCUGCUGUCCGUCCUCCAGGAGACCACUUACAAAAGCCUCGGGUUAACAGAGUGAGGAACCCCCACCACAGCCUCCUGGUCUCACAGGGACUGCUGCUUAGGAGGCCAACCCUGCCCUCCACGCCAGCCCUCCAGGAUCAAAGCUGUGGCUCCCUCCUCAGCUCUCAAUGGUGACACAGGGCUGUGUGGGACUGUAUCCAUCUCUCCCACGGGGCUGUGAGUAUCCACAGGGCAGAGACAUCCUGAGCAGGGCAGGGCAUCCUAUCCAUAAAAAUGAUAACGUUAGAAAUCCCGAUACAGCCCUGAGGGAUCCAAGCUUACUGGGAAUGGGCACUGUGGGUUUGCGGCAACCUGAUGAGGUUGGCUGAGACUGUUAUCGCCCCCGCCGUUACAGAGAGGCCCGAGAAUUUAACUUGUCCCGAGUCACACGGCUUGGAAGAGGCCAUGCUGGACUGGAACCCGGGUCUUUACGGGCUGCACUCUUAACCACCAAGCUUCCCAGCACUCAGUAAACACUGGAAGGAUGGAUGGACGCAGACAGUUGGCGGGUCAUGAAGUCUGCAGGCACAUCAGGCACGAGAUAGGAGAGGGUCUGCGGGGUCAGCACCAGCCCUUCCCCACUAGGGACAUGUCCAAGCCCUGGAGACUGGGCAGCUUGCAGGUGAUGGGCUCUCAGACCCCGCCCCUAGAAGACUGUGGCCUGCCCAAGUGGCAGCUGCUGUUGUGGGGGCUCACUCUUCCCACAGGCGAGCAGAAAGAAAACACUGGAGGAGACACUGAGCAGCUGGAAGCCCCCCGCAGCCUGACUGCAGGGCAGAUCACCCCUCAGCACACUUGGCACUCCUGUCCCUAGUGGCUUGACUCUCAGGCCCUGGCAUGAUGGCCUAGCGCAGGUCACUAAACUAGGGGCCCAGCCUGCUCUCAGCCACAUAUGUCCGCCAAUGACUCUAGUCUCAGUGUUUCCAUCGGGGUGGGAGGAGGGGCUGAGUGGUCUGCCUGCCUCCAGGGAGUCGGGCCCCUUCCCUGGGCAACCCCAUUCACUCCUCCGAACAACCGUACGAGGCAGGAACUGUCAUCUCCAUUGUACAGAGCAGGAAAUGGACGCACAGAGAUGCUAAGAGAUUUGUCUGAGGUCACACAGCUAGAAAAUAGCAGAGCUGGAAUCUGAACCCAGGUUUUGGGCUCCAGGGCCCCACUGAGUCCCUGCCAGCGCUUACAAAGAGUUCGAGAUGAAACGGUCUAGCAACAGCAGUGACACACGCACGUUCUAAGCACUUCACCCACAUUAACUCGCCUAAUCCUUACAACAGCCCUCCCGUGUGGAUGCAAUUACCUUGUUUUGCAGAUAAGGAAACUGAGGCACAGAGCAGCCAGGAAGGGGCAGAGUUGGAAUCGACACAGGCAGGUCGGACCGCAGAGCCCCUGUAUCGCCUUAUCACAUGGUAACAAUGGGGAGGUUCUGUUCCAUUGGGAUUAUUUCUGCUUGAAAGCCCGAGACUUUUAGCCCCAUCACUGCUGGGCUCCCCGGGAGGGCAGUGCCGCAUGCCGAGGCGCGCUGGGAAAGGACUUUGUUCCAUCCUCUUUUGUUGAUAUGCUCUUCGUUUUAAGCCCGAAACCCAAGCUUGCUGCAAAGAAUUGAAAAGGAGGAGAAAAACCGCAGCCGAGAUACAGCCGCUACUUCCUGAGCCUCUGGGGUUCGCUGCGCUUGGGGCUCUGAGUGUGUCCUCUCAUUUAACCUUCACAACCCGAGCAGCCCCUGCUUCACGGCCGGAGAAACCCAAGCCCGGAGGUGAUAACAAGAGGCCUGAAGGCACACAGCCACUAAGUGGUAGAUCGGGGACGUGAGAAUCCUGGCGCUUCUGACCAUGGGAGCUAUGCCCCCAUGGGGGCCAGGAGGUGCAUCUUGUUUGCUGGGCUCGGACAGAAAUGCUUCUGCUCGUCUUCUGACAUGGGCUGGUAACUCCAAGUCAUAAUCCCUUGGCCACGGGGGAAGGCGCCCAGACAGAGGUGUGGGGAUGCAUAACUAGAUGCUGCCUCCUGGGUUGGAGAAGCCGAGAAGAGUGGACAUCAGUGCACCACCCACCCCUUCCUGCCCUGACUCCAUCUAUCCCUCCAGUGAUUUGGGAACGGCUGCCUGGCCGCCGAGGUGAUGGUCUUCUGGAAGCGGUCACGGUGGGUGAGGUUCCUGGUCUCUGCCCUGCCUCUCCCUGAUGGCUUGUGAGGAUAACUGACAAGGCACAUGUGUGAUUCCAGCAGAAAAAGCAAGCAGCAGGGCCGAUGGAUUCUCCAGCUGCCACCAGGUCCUUUUGGCUGCAGCCUCCAUCCCCGGCCCACCCCAUCCCUGCAGCAGACUUCGUCACGGUGAGCCACAGCCAGCUUUGACCCUCCUGCCCCUGGCGCGGAAGUCUUCAAAGGGUCCCAAGUGGCUUCAGAAUUCAAGUCGAUUCCCAUUCAGCGGGCACACAAAGCCCCUGGCUGGCCCCAGCUCAGUUCUCCAACUUUCUCUCACAUGUCCGGUUCUGCCUCUUUGCCAGGCCAAGCGAGCUGUGUUCCUGCCAUGUGCUUGGCUGCUCCCCGAGGCAGGCAGUCCCUCCCCCCUCCCUGGAGACCGAAAUUACAACUUCUUCCAAGACUCAAGUGCCACCACCUCCACGAAACCUUACCUUAGUACUCCUCAUAAAUUCAUUCCAGACAUCCAUUGAGCCCUUACCAUAUGCCAGGCCCCAAGUCCAAAGGCCCCUGUUGUCAGGGGGCCAUUAGAGAGAAAAACGAGUCAACACGUACGAUCAUUUGGUGAAGUUGGGGUACACACUAGUAAGAAAGCAUGCUGGGGGCACAGAGAGUCUAUAAUGGGACACUGGGUACUGGGGGGUCCAAGACAUUUGAGUUGAAACCUGGAAGAUAGGAAAGGGUCACAGGAUGGGGUUGGACGCGAGCCCCAGGCGGUGGGCACAGCAUGGGCAAAAGUCUUGAGGCAGGAGGGAACGAGUCGUGUUUCCGGAAGGGAAAGGAGGCCAAUGCAAUUUAAGUGAAAUGAGAAAGCUGGAGAGGCAGCUGGAAUCAGACGGUGCAGGCCACAGAAGGCAUGGGGACUUUAUCCCCAGGCAAAAAGGGGGAGCCAUUGAAAGAUUCUGAACAGUCAAUAUUCGUUUGUA